AUGCGCGGCAAACAGCCCAACUCGUUUUGCGAAUGGGUAAUUGGUGCAAACUAUACGCGUCGCAAAAAAACCACGCGGAGGACAGUUGCGAGCCUGACUGUGGAAACCGACGACGAGACUGACACCGACACCAUAUCACUCUCUAUCCCUCGUGGAAAGCGGCAAUCCAGACCUGCGCGUUCUAAACCAGAGAAGCAGGUCCGUUUCUCCGAAGCUGCAAAUGAGUCGUCUGAAGAUGCCAAAGAGGCAGACACCAGUGCAACCAGCGCCGAGCCGUCCGAAGCAGAGGUCAGUGAGAACGAGACAACCGACGCAGCUCAAGAUGAAGCCACGGAUGAAGACAUUGACUCUGAUUGUCCCUGCGGAAAAUGUGUUUCGGGAAGAGAGAGACUAAAGAAGAAGCAGGAGGAAGAGUCGGAUGCUGACGCUCAUACCAAACACAAGGACAAGAAGAAGAAGGUAGCCGCCAAGAACAAGUCAAAGAGCAAGCCCAAGGAAAAGAACGGCAAGAAAAAGAAAGACAAAGAGGAGGAACCCGAGUCAGAGACAGAGGCCGGCUCUGGGUCUGAAACCGCAGUAGACUCCAGCGCUUCCGAGGAUGAGGAAAUGAAGAACACCAAGCCCAAGAACAAGAAGCAAAAGGGUAAAGGGGCCAACAAGAAGCAAGCAGAGACAUCUGGAGAAGAGUCCGAGGCAGUCAAUGAUACUGAAGAGGAAAAGCCAAAGAACAAGGGUAAAAACAAGGGCAAGAAUCAAAACAACCAACCCAAGGGCAACCAAAAGAACAAGAACAAGGGUGGUAAUGCCAACAAGAAGUCGGAUGAGACAUCUGAAGAGCAAGAGGUUACAGAGAUCGUCCCUUCAGUCAAGAAGAAGAAGGAAAAGAAAAGCAAGGGCUUUGUUCAGCCUCCUCCUCGCCGACCCGAUUUGUUGAUGCCCGUCAGCGCACAUGUUGUACAGGUCGAACAUUCCAUCGAGAGUGCCGAGGACCCACGCCCAAAUGCAUUCUACGAUGCUGAGCAUGGAGUCAUGCGUGUCUACCACGGCGGCGCCUAUGGAAAUCCAUAUGGCGUCUUGUACCCAAAGCGCUGGGGUCCGAGUAUGCCUUUGGGUACUCCUCAUCCCUCGCAGAACCCCUGGAUUUAUGGGUUUCCUCCUUCUCAUGCUCCAGCUCCGCCUCUUCAAAGUACCCCAACCACCCGUGUCGCUGUUGGUCCUGGCCCCGGAAAUCCCUGGUAUCAGGGUGAAGGCGUGGUUCAGGUCAACAAUCCCGUUACUCCCAUGCCCAAGGAUCCUCGCGCCAUCUACAAUGAGUCACCUUCCAUCAGAGCCGCUGCCAAGAAAGACGGCAACAAUGUCGUUCCUUUUGCUCCUCAAGGCUCUCGGGCUGGAUCCAAUGGAGGCCGGGGCAUUCAGGGUGCCCCGGAAGCCAAAGAGGAUGGACCGGGUGACAAUGUUGGAAAUUCCAACGACCCGGCCAAGGAGCCUUGGAGUCCAGAGCAUAGCAAGAAGCUAGCAGAGGCCUUGGAGGAACAGGCAAAGAAGCAGAGUAAUAGUAGGGCAGGAAGCAAGAAGAAUAGUCAGGCGGAAAGUCCAAAGGGUAGCAAGGCCGGAAGUCAGAAGAAUGACGAUGGAUGGAACACGGAUGGGAACAACAACAAUGCCACUGAGGCCUGGGACGCUGGCAAUGUUGGUAAUCCCGGUUUGGACUGGGGCGGCGGCGAGAAGAACGACUGGGGCAACGGCGAAAACAACGACUGGGGCAACGGCGAGAACAACGCCUGGGGAGCAACUGGUGACCAGAAAGCCAACAGCGUGGACGCAAACGAUGCCCAGAACAAGGACAAUGAAGCCAAUAAUUCUACAUCAGAUAAAGCCCCAUCUACUGGUGGCAACGUCAUGGGCCGAGGGGAUCAUCCCAAGGAGGACAGCCCUCAGUCGCGUCAGUCCAAUGAAUCCAUGCCCGGUGCCUGGCCCCAACUUGGCGGCAAUGUUUUGGGUGGCUCGACAAAAGGCGACACUGCAGCAGAAAAUGACAACACUAAUGACAAUAAUCAGGAGUGGCAAAACCAAAACGUUGCUGUCGAAACCGGUGGGUGGUGGCAAAGCAAGGAGGGACAAGCGGAUGCGGCAAAACCAAUGUGGUAA